AAACAUGCCUGAACCCGCCAAGUCCGCGCCCAAGAAGGGCUCCAAGAAAGCCGUGACCAAGACCGCCGGGAAAGGCGGCAAGAAGAGGAGAAAGAGCAGGAAGGAGAGCUACGCCAUCUACGUGUACAAGGUGCUGAAGCAGGUCCACCCCGACACCGGCAUCUCCUCCAAGGCCAUGGGCAUCAUGAACUCGUUCGUCAACGACAUCUUUGAGCGCAUCGCCUCUGAAGCGUCUCGUCUGGCUCACUACAACAAACGCUCCACCAUCACCUCCAGGGAGAUCCAGACCGCCGUGCGCCUCCUGCUGCCCGGGGAGCUGGCCAAGCACGCCGUGUCCGAGGGAACCAAGGCCGUCACCAAGUACACCAGCUCCAAGUAGACCAACACCCAAUACAAACCAACGGCUCUUUUCAGAGCCACACACAC